CAAGACUGCACCGCAGCGGGGGUCACAUACCCCUGGCGACCACCUGGCCAGGUAAUCCAGGGUCCCUGGUUCCCCAAACGGCAUCCUCGGUCUCCAAAUCUGCAGCUCCUCUGAAAUAUGGGCCGUGUCGUACCCAGCAACUGCCCUGCUCGACAAAGACGGGUCGCUAGGAGCUGGAAUUUCGCUUUCUGGUCCCCUCCAAUAUCACUAUCAGUUCUUGCCUUGUUUACGCCUACCGCGACCAUCGUGACAGGUUUGGGGACGCCGUUGUUGGAAAUCUGCGCAUCGAAUGUUACCGAACGACAUAUGCAAGGUGCGGCGGUCGUCUACCGUCUCCAACUAUUUCGACUCAAUGGAUUAUUGCCGACGAUAGCCCUAUGAAGGCUUUCAAAGCGCAUUGGUAACCCGGGUCUGCGUGUUCGACCGCCGCGAGGUACGACCAACUUGCUAACAUGUUGUCAACACAUUUUACGGCAUCGUCGCUGCCCGGAUUCCUUCUGCUGUCUCGUAUGGUGCUUGCCAAUCCCGACGCUCUAUGGAUUGAGCCAUCUCUGAAGUGGUAUGGGAUCGAUGGCAAUUGGUCGGCUUUCAGUCUUUUCGUCGGAGAGCCAGCGCAACAAGUCGACGUCACUGUGAGCACAAGUCUGUCCGAAAUCUGGGUUAUAGAGGAUAGUGGCUGUGGGCCGAGCGCACUUUGCACAGCGGCGCGGGGCAACGUUUUCAACAUUAGCGCAUCAAACAGUUGGUCGCCCCUCGGCGCCUGGCAACUAGGUCUGGAGUAUCUGGGGCUUGGGGGCAAUGGCGAGUACGCGAUGGAAACCAUUGUUGUGUACGAUAGUGUGAAACGAUGGCAGACCACAUUCCAGAAGCAGGUUGUAGCGGGCAUAAACGACACCGAUUAUUACACCGGCUUCUUCGGUCUAGGCAUCACCCCUGGCCGGUUUGGAAGUGUAGUGGUGCCGGCCCCCAUAUCCUCUCUUGUCGAGCAGGAUGGCGUCAUCCCGAGUCACAGCUACGGUUAUACUGCUGGGGCGUAUUACGGUGGACAAUGGGGCACGCCACUCUCUCUCACGCUUGGCGGAUAUGACGAAAACCGCUUCGUCCCUCACAGCACCACGUUCAGCUUGAACUCUAGCACAAGACUGCCUGAAGUUCUCGUCAGGGGUAUCACUGCAUCGGUAACAAGCCUGGACAAAGCUCCCACUAACUGGUCCUCUACUUCACUGCAGCUGUUGCCGUUCAAUGAAUCCCUCACGGCACUCGUCGACAGCUCCACUCCCUACUUGUGGCUGCCAACGGCAAUCUGUGAUCGAUUUGCUGAUGCGCUCAAAUUGACUUGGAACGAGUCGUUUGGCUUGUAUUUGUUCUCUGACAAUGCUGUGUUCGAGAAUUUCUCACAACCCGACGUUUCGUUCGUAUUCACUCUGUCCAGUACCGAUAAUCGAGAUAACUUUGGGCAGCCGCUCAACGUUCCAGGAGUUAUCAACAUAACCAUCUCAGCAAAUGCUUUCCGCCAGACGCUUCGUUAUCCCUUCAUGAAUCUUUUCAACUACGGCGAUGCUGCAAUCCCUUACUUUCCCCUGAAACGAGCCACUAAUGGUAGCUCAGUCAUCAUCGGAAGGACGUUUCUGCAAGAGGCAUACAUCAUCACGAAUUAUGAAACGAGCACAUAUUCUAUUCAUCAGGCUUUGUUCCCCGAUAACCCGAAGAGGAAUACGUCCAUUGUGACAAUCAAUCCGGCAAACAACAGUCCUUAUCCAGGAGCGGCAGAAACUAACGAAGGACGAGCGGGGGUGACCAAGCGUCAGAUAGGCGGAAUCGUUGCUGGUGCUUUCUUGAUCGGGAUUGUCAUCAUCCUGAUGGUCUGGUGGAUGUGCAGGAGAAAGAAACAUAAGAUAAGGGCGCAAGACGUGGACGAGGAGCUGAAGGAGAGGGGCUCCUCUAUGGAGCCCUAUCCGCCAAGAAGUCCAGUUGCGAGGUUCCUGGCGAGGCUCACGAAAAGAGUACCACGGAGGAGCGGUGACAAGAGGAAUGCCCACGAGGUUGAUGGUAGCAACAGGCAGCCAGUCGAAGUCGGGACCGACGGGAGUCAUGCUCGGUAUGAAUUGCCAGUACCGAGCGAACCGGUGGAACUGGACGCGACUGAUGCCACGUCAAUCAAUGGCACGACGGAGUUGGGGACCGAGGAAACACACAGCGCCAGUACGUAUGAGCUGGCUCGGCGGAAAAUGACUAGGCAGCUUCAAGGGCCUGUACCCGAGUACACGCCGCCAACUCACCCGCUAGAUGAGCCAGGUAAGAGUCAUAAUGACAUGAGUCCCGUGGCUUACUAUCGAUCUUCGGAUCACGUGGCAAUCCAAAAUCCUUCGCCAGUGUCGACACCAACCUACGACAACUUUACUCAUUCACUACCCUCUCCAAUGUCACCCUAUACUCCUCAUGGAGACUGGUUGAAUGGAAUACCGGAUAUCCCAUCGCCAAUGACGUUCAUGCCGCCAAACUAUCCAUUUCCUCGGUCCAACUCCGCAUCACACUCUCCGAUAUCUCCUGUCUCGCCCUAUAAUCUGGGCCAUCGCUCACUGAGCCUCUCGGCAUCAUCAAGCGCAUCACCGACAUAUCCAACGGCGCCACUGACGCUUCCAUCACCCGCCAUGCAACGUACACCCAUCGACUCAUCGAACUUCGUGUGUCUUGGCCCGCUUCCAAAUUAUGUCCGCUUACCGCGGCAGUCCUCAAUUCCUCGACUCAUGACACCGGACACGAACACACUCGCCUUGCCGACGAUACCAUCCGCUGCGGAGUCCCGCCGAGAGUCAGCCGGUGCCGACACGCUCGGAAGCAACUACACCGUCGAAGAGGAAGCAGCACGGCAAGGCACCUUUGGCGGCACCUUUGGCGAUAAUGCCGCAGCAGGCCGCAUCGAUGGCGGUGACCUUGUCCAUAUUCCCCAACCAGCUGAAAAACGGUUCAGUUGGGAGGAUGAGUGAUGACUCCGUUACACAUAUGGUCGCAUUUACUGCACAUACUUUACACUGACAAACUGCUCAACGCAAUUUCUAUACAUGUAUAUUUGACUCGUUUUACAUACACAUAUAUACCAGGGACGGAGUUUUGGAAAUCAUACAGAGGAUGAUAUCUAGGGCAUACAGGUCGGUCCUUGGACGGAAGGACCGUCAAUAAACAUUGUCUUGAUUUCGCGGUGUCGAGGGGCACGUGGUAGGCAGCGGUCUGGAAGAACAGACAUGGUCUAUUCGUUUUGCACAAUGGGGGCCCAAGCAGAGUCACGAGCAUCGACCUCCUCACCUCGAGACAUAAUCUCGACGGGAUAUGCGGAGUGAGGGACGUUAUGGCCUCUUUGGGUAUACGUUGCUGUGGGCUCCACACCGUUGCGUAUUCCAACUGGAAGUAUGUACGUAUGCUACCUAGCGAGCUGCUAUAGGUCAAUUUACUCAAGAAAGUUGAGAAAUCACGUUAC